CAUGUGGAAGGGGAAGGCGGUGGAGCAGUAAUCCGAGUUCUCUUCUCGCCAGGACACGUGAGAACAAUUAGAGAGAGAGAGAGAUAAGAGAGAGAGAGAGGGGCACGACUAUCGAAGAAGAGUCGCGAAGAUGGCCGAGCACGGUGGCGGAGGAGGCUGUUGUCCUCCGAUGGAUCUGCUCCGUUCCGAUUCGAUGCAGCUGAUUCAACUAAUCAUCCCCAUCGAGUCCGCCCAUCAAACUGUCGCCUAUCUCGGCGACCUCGGUCUCAUCCAGUUCAAAGACCUGAAUGCAGAAAAGAGCCCUUUCCAGCGAACUUAUGCCACUCAGAUAAAAAGAUGUGCAGAAAUGGCACGGAAGUUACGAUAUGUCAGGGAAGAAAUGUCGAAGGCAGGUUUGUCUUCUUCAGCAAAGCCAGCAGCACGACCUGAUAUAGAUUUAGAUGACUUGGAGGUAAAACUUGGAGAACUUGAAGCUGAGCUGAUUGAAAUAAAUGCAAAUGGGGACAAGCUGCAGCGUUCCUACAGUGAACUUGUUGAAUAUAAGCUUGUUUUGCAAAAGGCUGGUGAAUUUUUCCAUUCAGCCCAAAGCAGUGCUGCAGCUCAGCAAAGAGAAUUUGGAUCGCAGCCGACUGUUGAAGCAUCCUUAGAAACUCCUUUGCUACAAGAUCAAGAAGUGGCUGCUGAUCAGUCCAAGCAAAUUCAGUUGGGUUUUCUCUCUGGUCUAGUUCCUAGGGACAAAUACAUGGCAUUUGAACGGAUUAUAUUUCGUGCAACCAGGGGUAAUGUGUUCCUGAAGCAAGCUGUCCUUGAAGAUCCUGUGAUUGAUCCUGUGUCAGGAGAAAAGGUUGAGAAGAAUGUAUUUGUGGUAUUCUACUCUGGUGAGAGAGCAAAGAACAAAAUUACCAAAAUAUGUGAAGCUUUUGGUGCAAACCGCUACCCUUUCACUGAGGACCUGGGCAAACAAGCUCAGAUGGUCACUGACGUCUCUGGAAGACUGUCAGAGUUAAAGACUACAAUAGAUGCUGGAUUGGUUCGCCAUGGCAAUUUGUUGCUAGCAAUUGGUGAACAAUAUGAGAAGUGGAACAUUCUGGUGAGGAGGGAGAAAUCCAUUUACCACACUUUAAAUAUGCUAAGUAUUGACGUGACGAAGAAGUGUCUUGUGGCAGAAGGUUGGAGUCCUGUUUUUGCAACAAAGCAGAUUCAGGAUGCACUGCAGAAGGCAGCAUAUGAUUCAAACUCACAAGUUGGUGCUAUUUUCCAGAUUUUGCAUACAAAAGAGUCACCACCUACCUAUUUUAGGACAAACAAAUUCACUUUUGCCUUUCAGGAGAUUGUUGAUGCAUAUGGGGUGGCAAAGUACCAAGAAGCGAAUCCUGGUGUUUUUACCAUUGUUACAUUCCCUUUUCUUUUUGCAGUCAUGUUUGGAGAUUGGGGACAUGGUAUAUGCUUGUUACUCGGAGCAUUAUAUUUCAUAAUUAGGGAAAAGAAACUCUCUGGUCAGAAGCUUGGGGACAUCACAGAAAUGACCUUUGGUGGUCGCUAUGUGAUUAUAUUAAUGGCAAUUUUUUCAAUCUACACGGGCUUGAUCUAUAAUGAGUUCUUCUCGGUCCCAUUUGAAUUGUUUGGUCGCUCAGCCUAUGCAUGUCGUGAUCUUUCUUGCAGUGAUGCGACAACUGCAGGCUUGAUUAAGGUUGGUGACACAUAUCCAUUUGGUGUUGAUCCUGUCUGGCAUGGUUCCCGUAGCGAGUUGCCUUUCCUCAAUUCAUUAAAGAUGAAAAUGUCAAUACUUAUUGGGGUAGCCCAGAUGAACCUUGGAAUCAUAUUGAGCUAUUUUAAUGGCUUAUUCUUCCGCAACAGCUUGAAUGUCUGGUUCCAAUUUAUCCCACAGUUGAUAUUUUUAAAUUGUCUGUUUGGCUAUCUUUCUGUCCUCAUCAUUAUAAAAUGGUGGACUGGCUCACAAGCUGAUUUAUACCACAUAAUGAUAUAUAUGUUCCUGGGUCCAACUGACGAUCUUGGUGACAACCAGCUUUUUGUUGGCCAAAAGACAGUUCAGCUUGUGUUUCUACUGCUGGCCUUUGUCUCUGUUCCAUGGAUGCUCUUACCAAAGCCCCUUAUUUUGAAGAAACAAUAUGAGAAUAGACACCAUGGGCAGUCCUAUAUGCCUCUUGAGAGCACAGAAGGUACCUUGCAGUCGGGGGCGAAUCAUGAUUCCCAUGAUCAUGAUGAAUUUGAGUUCAGUGAAGUUUUUGUUCAUCAACUUAUACAUACAAUUGAAUUUGUACUUGGAGCUGUCUCAAAUACAGCUUCCUAUCUUCGUCUAUGGGCCCUCAGUCUUGCCCACGCGGAGUUGUCUAGUGUUUUCUAUGAGAAGGUUCUCCUCCUUGCUUGGGGGUACAACAAUGUAAUUAUCCUUAUUGUGGGCUUAAUCAUUUUCAUUUUUGCCACCGUUGGCGUGUUAUUGGUUAUGGAAACCCUUAGUGCAUUCCUUCACGCAUUACGACUUCACUGGGUGGAGUUUCAGAAUAAGUUCUAUGAGGGAGACGGUUACAAGUUUCAGCCAUUCUCAUUUAUGUUACUUGGCGAUGAGGAGGAAUAAUACAAAAAUCUAGCGGGUGUUUUGAGUGUGCAUAGGUAGUGAGCUGUCUUUAUUCUUUCUUUUCAUAAUUUAAUAGGCGUGGAGAAACAAUGCAAGCUGUGGCCUUAAAUGGAACUAUUUUAAGCAACGAAAACAGGCUCCUUGCCCGCGCAUUUGCUGCUUUGUUUAUCCAUCCCCCAAUAAGCAGCUUCCUUGCCAGUCCUGCGGCUUUGUACGGUGAUGCCAUGCAUGAUUAUUUUUAAGUUAGUUUUCUUUUUCCUUUCUUCCCAAUUCUUCUGUUCUCGUGUCUUGUUUGAUGAACCUUUAAACUCAAUCAAUACCACUUGUUUGAAAAA